AUGCCCCUUUUUACUGAACAUGCCUCCAGCUGGCGUGAUACUAGGACUCUCCCAUCCUUCGCCCCCCCACUCCCACGUCUGAGCCCUAAGUUUGCACCCCCUGACGAUGGGGUACAACGGUAUGAGGUGAUUAUUGUUGGGGCUGGACCAGCAGGUCUAAUGCUUCACCUGCUCUUAGCUAGAUACGGCCUGACAGACCAGUCUUUAUUAUGCAUUGACCCGAAACCGAAUACACUGAAAGCCGGCCAGGCCGACGGGAUACAGCCACGCACACUGGAGGUCUUUAAGACUUUGGGCAUAUCGGACGAAAUUGAGAACGAGGCUUGCCAGAUGUGGGAGUUCGCCUUCUGGAACGCCUCUGAUAACCCGGCUAAGGUGAUUGAAAGGCGGUCUUGCGUGCCCGAGGUGAUUCCACCUGCAAGGUUCAAAUACGAGGCAACCAUCCACCAGGGACGUGUGGAGCGAAUCAUGGAGACCGAUCUCCUCCGGUACUCGCAGCGCGGGGUCAUGAGGAAGACUAAGUUGAUUGAAAUGCGGAUUGACGAGUCCGCAGAUCCAGAGUUCCCUGUUCUUGCCGAUAUCGAAGUUGAUGGGGUGUUGCAAAGCGUCCGUACGAAACAUCUUGUUGGCGCAGACGGCGCACAUUCGGUGGUCCGCAAAGGUGUUGGCCUCGAGUUAGAAGGCCAGUCGCUUGAUUAUAUCUGGGGAGUCGUUGAUGUGGUCCUUGAUACGAAUUUUCCCGAUAUCCGCAGACGCUGCGCUAUUCAUUCGCCUGAAGGGUCUGUCAUGGUUAUCCCUCGUGAGAGGAUCGCUUCCGGCGAGUAUAUCACUCGACUCUAUGUGAACAUUUCAGAAAUUUUCGAGCCUGCAAGUCGCCAAGCAGAGGCGGAUCUUAAGAAGGCAGCGAAAGGAAGACGAAGUAGAGUCACAUUAGAAGGAAUCCUGAGCCAGGCUAAAAAAGUGUUUAAGCCCUACUACAUCCGGCCCAAGAGCGAUGAUAGUGUCGAUUGGUGGGCCGCGUACCAGGUUGGUCAGCGAGUGUGCCCUGAAUUUAUCGUCAAAGACUCCAACGGCCUUCCUCGCGUUUUUAUCGUGGGUGACGCUUGCCAUACGCAUAGUCCAAAGGCCGGCCAAGGAAUGAACGUGUCCAUGAUGGACUCAUACAACCUCGCUUGGAAGCUAGCUUAUCAGAUCAAUGGAUUAACUCCUCGCCAGGGAGAUGCAAGGGACCCUAGCCCGCUGCUGGACACAUAUCACAUAGAACGCCAUACAAACGCGCAACAAUUGAUCGAUUUUGACCGAAAGUUCUCGAGCGGUUUCUCGGAUAAGGUGGGCACAGCCGAGUCUCAUUCCGGCAUUUCCCACACCGAGUUCGUCGACAUAUUUAGGACCGGAUGCGGCUUCACCAGCGGCUGCGGCGUGGAGUAUGAUGAGAAUAUACUGGUGGACAGGUCAUCUGGUGGUCUCAUUAACGGUGAAGACUUUCUAUCGGGAAUUUUGCGAUCUGGGCGACGCCUGCUAAAUGUCAAGCUAAAGCGCUUUGCGGACGGGUGGCAUCGUGAUAUUCAAGACGAUCUUGCGUCGACUGGCAGAUUCCGUUUACUGUCACUCCUUAGCAAUGACCUACUUGACAUAAAUGGGGUCUCCGCAGCAUCGGUAAACUCGACAGCAAGUCUGGUGCGGCAAUACCCUACGUCUCUUCUUGAACAGAUUACAGUCUAUCCUAAUUUGCCAGGCGAACUAGCCUGGGAAACUAUCCCUCCGUGUGUGAAGGAACAGAGUGAGAUGACCUUUUACAGUGGCUACGAGCUUGACGAUGUGUACCGCAUUUAUGGAGUUGAUCCGGCAUGCGGUGCACUGGUGGUCGUGCGUCCGGAUGGUUAUGUAGGUCUGGUUGCAGGACUCAGUGACGUUACCCAUAUCGAUACAUAUCUGAGUCAUAUUAUUACUCGAGGUGCAUAG